AUGCAACCUCUAAACACAUUUUAUCCAAGGAGGGUAUCCUCAAACGUAGUAACCGGUGAAAGUGAAUCCCCUUCCCACGAUUUCGCCAGCACAAAACCAGGCAAAGCACUCAAGCCCAAACAGAGCAGCUAUACCAGCAUCUUCAACCUUCAAUUCCUGCCUGUUCUUCCACAUUUGCUUGACGUACUCGAAUUGUUCUUGACUAAACUUGUUUCUUUUUUUGACAGUAAAAGACUGAUCAAACAGUUACAGUGCCGGCUUAAAGUAGUAAAGAACAAGAGACAUGCAAUAGUCAGACAAUCACGUAGUGACUUAGCUCAGCUUAUUAAGACUGGCCAUAAAAAAAAUACUGCCUUUAUUCGUCGGGUUGAGCAGUUGAUCAAAGAUGAAGCAAUAAAUGCAGCCUAUGAAUUGCUGGAAUGUUUUUGUGACUUCAUUCUCGUCCAAUUCUCAUACAUUCGGAAAACUAAAGACUGUCCAAAUGAUAUUCAUGAAGCAAUUUCUAGUCUCAUAUAUGCCUCUCCAUGGUGUGGUGAACUACCUGAGCUUCUGCUGAUUCGAAGGCUCUUCGCAAAGCGAUAUGGACAGAAUUUUGCAACAGCUGCUCUUGAAUUGUCUCCUGGGAAUCAUGUUAACCUUCAGGUGAAGGAAAAACUUUCCACACUGUCAAUUUCUGAGGACAUGAAGCAAAAAUUGGUGAAUGAAAUUGUCAAGGAGUAUUGCCUCACACCAGAUAUUUUAGCACUUCAUUACUAUUAUGAUUGGGCAGAACAGAAGAUGAAGCUAACAAGCAGUGAAGACCAAGCAUUGACUACAAAUGUUCCAACUUCUUAUCAUGGCAUAUCUGAAGAAAGAUCAGAAUUGCAUACUUCAAAGCCUUUGCAAGAUCUAAGUUUAUCUGGUUCUUCUGUUACUUCAGAACAGAAGGUGGUGCCAUCCAUAUCAGAGUCUCAAGCAGAGAAAGAAGAUAUUUCUUGUGGAGAUUCUCUACAAGGGAAAAGAAAUCUUUUGGAGAUGAAAAAGGAAGAGAGAAUUGUUACAUCUUCUUCUUCUUCUUCUUCAGAAAGCUUGCCAAAAGUUCAUGAUGAAAUGUUAGUUUAUAUGGAUGACAUUGAAGAGUUUCAGUCUUCAACUCCAAAUGAUGAAGAUUCUCAGGACCAAAGACUGUUCAAAUUCAAGGACAGUUCUCUUAAUGAAUCUGAUCAAUUGGGGAACAAAAAGGUUAAGUCAAGCUUAAUAGAUUCUGAAAGAAGUAUCAGUGUCUCUAGUAAGAAAAGGACAAGGAGAAGAUUGGUGUUUCAUGAAAAUCAAACCAUAGAGGAUAAUGAAUGCCUUAGUUACUAUGGUGAGCAACCAUCAAAUAACCAAAGAUCAUAUCAUCACCAGCAAAUAAAACAACACAAGAAAACUUCAGCUGAUUAUGAAGGUGAUAAUAGACCAAACCAAUUUUACAACUCAGAAAUGGGGUUUACUUCUUUGUCAAGAAACCGUAGAUGUUAUCCGAAAAGACCUGAAUGCUGCUGCUGCUGCUGUUGCAACCACAGAACUAGACAUAGCUGCAGCAGCUUGGAAAGUCCAUGCUAUUUUUUCGCCGAUGAUGACAACGAUAAUUACGAAGCUCCAUCAUUCAGGAAGCCAAACAAUGUGUCCAGGAGUCAUUAUAAUAGCAGAGAGCAUAUGUUCACGAAUGGAGAAGAAGAACUGAAUGAAGAAGUGGAGAUUGAAGAAAGGCCUAAGGAUAUUUCCAAUGAAGACUUUCAAGGGUGUAAUACUUUCCCUAUUCAAACACCCAAGCAUGUUCAUCCAAAGCUGCCAGACUAUGAUGUUAUAGCUGCUAAAUUCAUGGCUCUCAAAAGAGAGAAGAGCUGCCAUUGAACUUAUUCUAAGUUACAAACAAGGAUGCAACAAUUUUUUUCCUCACAUUUUUUCUUUUCUUUUGAGGGACAAUUAAUAUUGAUCAUAAGAUAGUUUAUGUGUUGAGUUUAUAA